GGGUGUUCCUGUUCACUUCCUGACAGCUGCUCUCUCAAGGGCACUUCUCAGAGCUGAGCUUUCUGAUCCCAUUUUGUUGGAAAAAACAAAAACAAAACAAGCCAUGUCCUUUAUCUAUUCCUACACCGUGGACACUUUCCUCUACCUCCUGCAGUCAAGGUCCUCAAAAGUCCACGAUGCGUCGGCCCCAAAAGGAGAAACAAAGAAUUCACAAGAGCAUGUGGCCCCAGGAGACAGAGAACAUUGCCAUUCCUCCUGCCCAGCAGCUGACAGCGUGCCGGAGGAAGAAGAAUACGAACAUAUUCUGGAGGAGGACCCUGCAGGAGAGCUGAAUCUCGAUCCUAGACAAGGCAUUUUAGGAGGCCUGUGGGAGGCCCCACGGACCCCGCAGAAACUGCGACUGCUCCUGGUGGGGAAAAGCGGCAGCGGGAAGAGCGCUACAGGGAACAGCAUCCUGGGCAGGAGAGAGUUCCCGUCCCGACUCAGCCCUCAGCCGGUGACCCGGGACCUCCAGCGGGGCAGCGGCGCCUGGGCCGGGCGGGAGCUCGAGGUGAUCGACACGCCCGACCUCCUGUCCCCGCAGGCCGGGCCCGAGGCGGCGGCGCGGGCCAUCUGCGAGGCGGUGGCCUUCUCGGCGCCCGGGCCGCACGCGGUGCUGCUGGUGACGCAGCUGGGCCGCUUCACGGAGGAGGACCGGCGGGCGGUGCGGGGCCUGCAGGAGGCCUUCGGGGUGGGCGUCCUGGCGCACACGGUGCUGGUGUUCACGCGCAAGGAGGACCUGGGCGGCGGCUCGCUGGAGGAGUACGUGCGCCGCACGGACAACCCGCACCUGGCCCGGCUGGACGCGGUGUGCGCGCGGCGCCACUGCGCCUUCGACAACGCGGCGGCGGGCGCCGAGCGGGAGGCGCAGCUGCGGGAGCUCCUGGCGGCGGUGGACUGCGUGCUGUGGGAGAACGACGGCCGCCCCUACAGCAACCCGGCCUACCGCUACUCCCAGCAGCGCGGCCUGCCCGCGGGCCCGGCGGCGAGGUCGAUCGGCGCGGGGCCGGGCCCCGAGGGCGCGCCCGGCCGGGCCCGGCUGCUGGAGGGACUGUGCCGGCUCCAGAAGGAAUCCCAGGAGGCGCACAGACGCCUGCUGGAGAGGGCGCCCGUUUAAGCGGAGGCGGGACCGCAGCCCCCGGGGCCGGCUGCCUGCC